AGCAUUGUUUUCUAGAAAUUGUGUCAAGAGUUCUCACUUCCCAAAAUGUCCUCAUCUUCAGCAGCUAAGAAUAAAGCUUCUAAAGAUAAGGUGAGCAUGAUCAAACUGGCAAAAUCCAAUCAGCUCAGUAGUGAGAUGCAAAUGUUCAAAAUGAGUUUGAAUGAAGUUAUUAAGGAUUAUGAACCCAAAAUCAAAGCUGUGUAUCAAGAUGCAAUUCCUAGUAAAACACGGCUUCCUAAAGACGAUGAGAGGGUGCACUGUCCUGUUAUAAUAAUUGUUUUGGAAUCGGUUCACAAACAACUGAUUAAAGCUAUAUUUUGGAAACAUUUUCCCUUGAAUGGAGAAGCAUUUCCAGUAUACUUGUCAUUCAGCGAGAAGUACUUGACAAUUAAUAGUCUCAAAUUUGAAGACGCCCACUUCAGAGAAGACGAAAUAAAUCUCCUAGCUGCUUUCUUGCAAACCAAUCCAAACGUAAAUGACUUGAAUCUGAGCGGCAACGCUUACAAUAAAAAUUUUAAAUGCCUGAUCCAAGACACUAAACUGAAAUACCUCACUUUAAAGUUUUGCGGCAUCAACCAUGAGGAUUUGAAGGAGUUUGUAGAGCCCAUGGAGAACUCCUACAAACAGCCGUUGGUUUAUUUGAAUUUGUCCAAUAAUAAUAUUGGAGAUGAAGGUGCAAGGAUUCUUGCAGUCGUAUUGAGGGUUAAUAGAAUCUUGAUUUCCUUGAACGUUUCUGCGAAUCAGAUCUCAGAUGAGGGGGCUAGUGAAAUUUUGAGGUCGUUGCAAAUGUUCUACUUGAAUCAAGAUGAAAUAAGUAUCAGAAGGAAGAUUUUUUAUCAAUAUUAUAUGAAGAAAUACGAAGAGAUCGCCUCAAACUCACCUACGACGCUAUACGACGGAAAAGUCAUUGCAGCGAGAUCAUCAUCUUCAUCUGUGACCAGACAGAAGAACAAAUCCAAACCGACGAAGAGCAAAAAUAGAAAAUUCAGUAAAUCUGCAGCUUCGCUGAGCGAACAGUCCAACACUUAUACUACUACACCUAGAGAGAUCUAUUCUGCGCCAGCACCAACCCCAAGCAUAAUCCUUCCAUUUGCCGAUAUCUCUGAACUGAUAUCCAACCUAGACUUCCACUCGGCCUACCACCCCUUCGUCAAAGAAACAACCCUCAACGGUUUCCAUUUCCUCUGCAGAGGGAACUUUGUCCUGACGCAUCUGAAUCUAUCCUUCAAUCAUCUCUCGACCGAGACACUCAGGUGCAUCCAAGAGGUACUCAAGUACCAAUUAUCCAACGGAUUAAGUGAGGAAGGUCUCAGAAGCGUAGUGAUGUGCGGAAACGAUAUGAAGUCGGAGGAUACUGAUCAUCUGCAGGGUGAUAUCACUGAGAUGUUUACACGGAAGACGAGCAGGAGUGGGUCUUCUGCCACGUUGUCGUCGAAGGAAACAACGAAAAAAUCGAGGAAAAUGUCCAAGUAGAACUAGACGAAAGAGAAAUAUCACUUUUGUGAACCCUGAACAUUCAAGUUUGAUGAUUUGAUUUUUGUAUAUACCGAAUGAAGAAUGACUGGAUGGCAUGUGUGUGAUUUGAAAGAAAAACAUUACACAUGAAGUAGGUAUUCUCAAUUCACGGCCAGUUGGCAUGAUUAAUAUAUUUAUGGAAUAUU